AUGACUGCAAACGAAGUGCAACUCCCGGCCAAACCCGCCAACUCCGUCCGCGCAGCAGGCCUAGAGUACCCCAACUACACCCCUUUCAAGCUUCCCAAUCUUACCCCACACCCCUUCACCGACCGCGGACAACAUGCCGAUCCAUCCAAAUCUCGCCUCCUCUCCGUCGCAACGGAGGUCAUCCACCUUACCCCAGACAUCGGCACCGAGAUCGUUGGCCUCCAGCUCUCGGCUCUCACUCCAGCGCAGAAAGAUGAUCUAGCGCUGCUAGUCGCAGAGCGGGGUGUCGUCUUCUUCCGCGACCAGGUGAUGGACGUGCACGAGCAGAUCGCCUUCGCGGCGUAUUUCGGCGAGCUGCACAUCCAUCAGAUGGCGGGCAUCAUCCCGGAUCUGCCUUGGGUGCAUCCCAUCUACAAGGACCAUACGGCGGUGAAUGGCCGCUCGCAUCAGAUCUGGCAUUCGGAUGUGAGCUAUGAGCUGCAGCCACCUGGUCUGACGAUGCUACGCAUGGAUACCCUGCCUGCUGCGGGCCAGGGGGAGUGUAGCCGGGGUGAUACGAUCUGGGCAAGUGGGUAUGCGUUGUACGAGUCGCUAUCACCGAAGCUCAGGGCGUUUCUGGAGACGCUCGAGGCGAAGCAUAGCGGGCUGGAGCAGGCGGAGAAGGCAUUGAAGACGAAUGGCUGUCUUCGGCGGGAUCCGAUCGAGACCAUUCAUCCCGUUGUCCGGACGCACCCAGUCACGAAAUGGAAAACGCUGUACGUCAAUGAGAACUUCACCAAAGAAAUUGUCGGCAUCGAGAGGAAGGUCGGAGAUGCACUGCUGGAUACGCUCUACCGGACCAUCGCUGAGGCCUACGAGUAUCAGGUCCGGUGGAAGUGGACGCCGAACGCGGUGGCAAUCUGGGAUAAUCGGGUGACAUACCACACGGGGAUCUUCGAUUACUGUAUGUCUACCUAA